AUGUUUCGACGCAACGGCAAGCCGGUCUCCUGCGAGCCCUGCCGGCUGUCCAAGAUCCGGUGCGACCAUCAGCGCCCAACUUGCCGGCGAUGUCAGACCCGCCAGAAGGCAUCCCAGUGCUUCUACCAUCCCGCGCCGCUCACCCGGGCGCGCCCCAACCCUCGCCCCAACCCGUCGAGACGAACCAGCAGGUUAGGGUCAAGUUCGGAGUCAGGGUCGGGAUCAGGACUAAAACCCCCAAGUCCUGCCGCGGAUGACGAGCAUGCCCAGCCACCGGGCUAUCUGGGGUCCACCAGCUUUGUAUCUGCCUUUCCCCGACCCGAGCUGCUGUUCCCCGCCGACGUGGCCAGGGUGCCCUCGCCGUCCCUGCCUUCAGACUUCUGCGCCCUUCAGGUCUCCUACGCCCACUCCCACCUGCUAAAGCUGGUUGCCUCCUUUGCGGACUAUGAGAAUCUGAUCGUUCAAUUCUAUCAACGCGGUCAAUUCUCCGUUGUCCCGCGCAACCUCGUGCUGAACCCGCUGUCUAAGACCGGCGCCUACCUGGCGAGAUGGAAGGAUGGCUCACGCGGUGCCCUGCAGGAGACCCUGCUGGAGGCCCUGGCGAGCAUGUCGUCCAAGCGCCUCCCCAGCCCCACCGUGGACACGACGUUCGAUGACUUUUGCGCCUCCUUCUCCGGACCGUCUCUUCGAUGGGAGUUCGUCGGGAUCAUCUUCGCGUUCGCAGGGCUGGCUGCCUCCUAUCCGGAAGCCGGGGCCGAAUUCCAGAAUGGUGACUUCGCGACGGGGAUGUUCGCAGCAAGCAAGACAUGCAUCGAAAUUUGCAACCAGUGCAGCCAGUUGAACGAUCUCUCCAUCUGGUUGCACUAUGUGACCGUGGCGCUAGCGUCUAACCUGUUUGGAGACACUAGUAAUCUCGUCUACCGAUGCUUGAGUGACCUGGUCUCGCAGUGUUAUGCCAUGGGCCUCCAUUGCCAGUCUUCGCUGCAGGAGGGAGUGCCCUUCUUUCUCUCGGAGACGCGAAAGCGAAUUUUCGCGGCCACCUUCACCAGGGAUAAAAGCCUGGCGACCUACCUGGGAAGACCGCCCUUGAUUGACUCGCACUUCUGUGAUAUAUUGCUGCCCCUGGAUCUGGACGACGAUGAGAUCACCGAUCGAGCAAAUAUUCGUGAGCCGCGGGGGAACAACCUUGACAGUGAAGGCUGGAAUACCGAUCCAGGCAGUCUCGUGCGAUCAUUACGCUCGGUCACGGGGCUUCGCCUCCGAUGCGUUAUGGCCAUUCUUCGAGAGAGAGUCUUGCGUCUGUCCCUCAGGAGUGGGAGAACCGACCAUCAAGCCCACCUUCCGUACGAAGACCCCUCCCUUUGUCAUAAGGCAUGGGACGCCGUGCCACAGCAAUAUCGCUACGACACGGAUGCCUGGAAACGACUCGAUCCACACAGCUGGGUGGUUUGCUUGAUCGUGUACUUGGACCACUGCUAUACCGGAUAUCAGCUGCAUCGGAUGCUUUUGCGGCAAAGCGAAGGCAGCCGGACGUCGUUCCUGGAGGCGGCCACGAAGCUUCUUGCGGCGAUGAACGACUUUGCACGACGCCAGGCACAAACCAGCGCCCUGCAGGGGCGGUACAUGUGGGUGUUCCUCUUCUAUGGACUUCCAGGGGCCGGCAGUCUUGUUUCCGAGCUGCACCGAUGCAGCAGCGCUGGCAUCCCGUUUCCUCUCCCGGGCAGCCGACCCAAGAUCAUCCGCGACCUAAGCGUCUUGGUCUCCUGGCUGGAAGGCUCCGUCUUUCCGAAUCGACCCGAGUACCGGACCUGCUUGGUGAUCAGUUCUCUUAUUAGCAAGCUGCUCGAUGACGUCUUACUUGGUCCCCAAACGACAGCACCCAAAGACCAGCGGAUAGAUCUGGAUGCGAAUCCUGCGCAGGGGCCGCAUGACAGGCCCACGAUAAAUUCCCCACGCGCUCUUUUGGCCGGGGUUACCGACUCGCAAUCAUCACACAUAGUGGCAUCCUCGUUUCAGGGGUUGAAUGCCGUUGCCAACCCUCUGCAUGGCGAAACCAUUGAUACAGGGUUGCCCCCGGAUCUUGCCGAGAUUGUAUCCUCCGAGGACUGCCUCAAUUGGCUGGAUGGGUUCUCCUGGGAUAAUCACCUCUUGGGGGAGGGCUGGCCCUUGGUUUGCGACAAGUCGUAG